AUGCCGACCAAUGGCCUGCACCAGGUGCUGAAGAUCCAGUUUGGUCUUGUCAAUGACACUGACCGUUACCUAACAGCUGAGAGCUUUGGCUUCAAGGUCAAUGCCUCAGCUCCCAGCCUCAAGAGGAAGCAGGUGUGGGUGCUGGAGCCUGACCCCGGGCAGGGCACGGCAGUGCUGUUCCGCAGCAGCCAUCUGGGCCGCUACCUGUCAGCAGAGGAGGACGGGCGUGUGGCCUGUGAGGCAGAGCAGCCAGGCCGCGACUGCCGCUUCUUGGUCCUGCCACAACCUGACGGGCGCUGGGUGCUGCAGUCGGAGCCACACGGCCGCUUCUUUGGUGGCACUGAGGACCGGUUAUCCUGCUUUGCCACGGCCAUCUCUCCUGCAGAGCUGUGGACUGUGCACCUGGCCAUCCACCCACAGGCCCACCUGCUGAGUGUCAGCCGGCGGCGCUAUGUGCACCUGUGCCCACAGGAGGACGAGAUGGCAGCAGAUGGGGACAUGCCAUGGGGUGUGGAUGCAUUGCUCACUCUCAUCUUCCAAAGCCGGCGAUACUGCCUCAGGUCCUGUGACAGCCGCUACCUGCGCAGUGAUGGCCGCUUGGUGUGGGAACCCGAGGCCCACGCGUGCUACACACUGGAAUUCAAGGCGGGCAAGCUGGCCUUCAAGGACUGUGACGGCCGCUACCUGGCACCUGUGGGACCUGCAGGCACACUCAAGGCCGGCCGCAACACACGGCCUGGCAAGGAUGAGCUCUUCGAUCUGGAGGAGAGUCACCCACAGGUGGUACUGGUGGCCGCCAACCGCCGCUACGUUUCUGUGAGGCAAGGCAUCAAUGUUUCAGCCAAUCAGGACGAGGAGCUGGACCACGAGACCUUCCUGAUGCAAAUUGACCAGGAGACAAAGAAGUGUACCUUCUACUCCAGCACUGGGGGCUACUGGACCCUAGUCGCCCACGGAGGCAUUCAGGCCACAGCCACGCAAGUAUCUGCCAACACCAUGUUUGAGGUAGAAUGGCGUGGCCGGCGGGUGGCACUCAAAGCCAGCAAUGGGCGCUAUGUGUGCAUGAAGAAGAAUGGGCAGCUAGCAGCCAUCAGUGAUUUUGUGGGUGAGGAUGAGGAGUUUGUCCUCAAGCUCAUCAACCGGCCCAUCCUGGUGCUGCGUGGCUUGGAUGGCUUUGUCUGCCACCGGCGCGGCUCCAACCAGCUGGACACCAACCGGUCGGCGUACGACGUCUUCCACCUGAGCUUCAGCGAUGGUGCCUAUCAGAUUCGAGGCCGUGGUGGCGGGUUCUGGUACACAGGCAGCCAUGGAACCGUGUGCAGUGAUGGUGAGCGCGCUGAGGACUUCCUCUUUGAGUUUCGCGAACGUGGCCGCCUGGCCAUCCGAGCCCGAAGCGGCAAGUACCUGCGUGGUGGGGCUUCAGGACUGCUGCGCGCUGACGCCGAUGUGCCUGCUGGGGUGGCACUCUGGGAGUACUGAGGACCAGCACCAAGUACAAUUUGGGGUACAGGGUCCACCAGCCCUGAAUUAAACUGUGUUUAUGGCACAGGCUACUGAAGCUCUGGGCACUGCUUGGGGCUGAGGGGAACCCCUGCAGGCUCAGUCCUGGGACCCCUGUCCUAGAGAGCCCCAAGGAGAAAGCCCCCUC